AUGACGUCAACCCUGCGAAAAUUGCUUGAUCAACUCAAAAUCACCAACAACAAAAUCUACGAGAAUUUGCCCACUGAGAAACGCCGCUCCACCGCCAAUGACACGCUUUCGAGACGAAGAUCGCAGUAUGCUUUACCGAAAAUCAGCCUACGACAAAAAAAGGUUCUGAACGACUCAAAACCUCGCAAACAGGGCCGUCCCAGACUAUAUCUGGCUACUGUGAUUGAAAAUACUCAGAAUACGUUUGUGGUUCGAAUCAAGUAUAACGUCAGAAAUAGGACGGCUCAGAGGCUUCUUAGGACUGGCUCCAAGACGGCUGACAUGACCAAGACAUCUAAUGUUGUUGAUUUGACCUCCGAGACAAGACAUACUCGCUCAUCUCUUCUACGAUAUAACCUGGGCAGAACUUCGAGCCAAGAUUUAGUACCACUUCGACCUUCAAAACCAGAGCGCAGACAGAAAUCUACUCCAAAAGCAAGUGCAACGCCUGAGAUUCCCGAUAUCGAGGCUGUCUCUUUCAAGCCGCGAAAGGACCCUGUCUCUGCAGAGCAGAGACCCUUUGAGUUGCCUUACAAAGGCGUCUUACCUUUCCCUGAUUGCAUCAUUAACGAAACUGAUCCUACUCCUGAUGACAAAGCUCUCUUUGACAAGCUAUUGCAUGAGGCUAAUGAAGAACGGAAGAAAGCCGAGCAAGAGAUCUUUCAGGACAACGAAACUAAUGACUCGAGUAAAAGCGUAGGUCUUCUUAAAUCACAGAUCCUGAAGAUACAAUUCCGAGAUUAUGUCAUUGAUACCUGGUACUCGUCUCCCUACCCGGAAGAAUACUCACGUCUGAAGAUCUUGUACAUUUGUGAGCAUUGCUUGAAGUAUAUGCGCUCCCCCAUAUCCUAUGAAAGACACCAACUCAAAAAUUGCAACUUAUCUAAUUCGCAUCCACCCGGUGUGGAAAUCUAUAGAGAUCAGGAAAGUCAUGUGGCAGUUUGGGAAGUGGACGGACGAAAAAAUAUCGAGUAUUGCCAGAACUUAUGCCUCCUUGCAAAACUUUUUCUCAAUUCCAAAACACUUUACUACGACGUGGAACCCUUCACCUUCUACGUGUUGACAGAAGUUGAUGAGCACGAUCCAUCUUUGUACCAUUUUGUCGGCUACUUUUCCAAGGAGAAGCUCAACAAUUCCGAUUACAAUGUUAGUUGUAUCCUCACUUUGCCAAUUUACCAGAGAAAAGGUUACGGUAACUUUUUGAUAGACUUCAGUUACCUACUAUCGCGAAACGAAUUCAAAUUUGGUACUCCAGAGAAACCUUUGAGUGACCUUGGUCUUCUUAGUUAUCGAAACUACUGGAAAAGUGCUGUUGCUCGCACACUUAAAUUCCUUUAUGAAAAAUAUCUAGAGAGGGGAGAAGAGAUUGUCCUCUCUUUAGAGGUCUUAUCAAAGCUCACAGGAAUGAUACCAUCUGAUAUAGUGGUUGGUUUAGAACAGCUCGAGGCGCUAAUAAAAAACCCUGAAACAGGAGAGUUUGCAAUUGCUAUAAAUCUUCCAAAGAUAAAUGAGGUGGUAGCAAAGUUUGAGCUGAAGAAGUAUGUGACUUUGAAGCCAGAAUUGAUUCUAUGGAAGCCAAUGAUCUUUGGUCCUUCUGGGGGAAUCAACUCUGCGCCAUUAUCAAUGACCCACAACGUCCCAGCUAUCGAGCAACUGUUGAGCACAUCGGGCCAACCAAUAGUUCCUGUCAACAACAGCAUUUCGAUGAUUUCAGAGUUUUUGAAAGACGAUAUUAAUAAUCCAUUUUCUUAUGAAGAGGAGGCGCAAAAAGAAAUAGAGCACUUUUCCAAUAAUCAAUUAAAGGAAGCAGGCUCCCUCCCCGAAAUUGACAUAAAUCUGUAUGUUGUAUGUCAUCCAGAUAUCAUAAAAGGUAUCCCAAUGAAACGAACUAGUGCUUCCGAGGCUGAUCAAGGUGUCAAAGAGGCGGAUGAGAUGGAGAUCUUUGGAGAUGAGGCUCCGAGCGAGGAUGACGUUUCCAGGGAUCCCGAAUUUGACACAGGCUCCGAGGUAGCUUUGGAAGAUGUCGAUGACGACGAGGGAGACGAUAUUGAGGCUGAUGAUGAUGCGGACGAGGAGGAGGCCCCAAUCGAUGAGAGUGACAAUGACUCAGAGGAGCUGGUCGAACAGCCCAUUACUCCUCGUAUCAAUGGCUCUCAUCGAGUAAGACCAACAAGGAGUCGCUCGAGGAAUAAUGUCAUCGAAAAUGAUGCGAGUGCAUCGGAGUCGGAGCAGACUGAUAACUCGAAGAGUUUACAAAGAGAGCUCAGGAGUGGAAAAGUGAAUGCCAUUGGAGCAAAACCUCGAGUGAGGCUGUCGUGGAAAGCUGUCUUGGAUAAUCAGACACCAAGACAGAGGUCAGCAAGAUUCCUCCGCAACGGUACAAAGAUCCCCAUGUCCCCUGAACAAACACGACGCUUAAGAUCGGCAAUUCAAAACGGCAUGAGCAGAAUAGCAUCGGCUGAUACAAUCAGUCCUUUACGACGGUCGUCAAGAAGAAAAUAA